GGAGUUAAAAAUGACUAUAUAUCUUCUGUUAAGUCUGUGCUUAUCUUAUCUCCAAAGAAACAAGAGGAGGAGACGGACGGAGAGAAAUGGAAGAGAUGAAGCCAAGUGUUCCCAACACAUCCCCUCUUACCCCCUUAGGCUUCUUAGACAGAGCCGCCACCGUCUACCCCAAUUGCACCUCCAUCGUCUACAACUCCACCUCCUACACCUGGUCCCAAACCCACCGCCGAUGCCUCCAACUCGCUUCCGCACUCACAUCCGCCGGCAUCUCCCCCGGUCACGUUGUCUCCGUUUUGGCCCCCAACAUCCCCGCCAUGUACGAGCUCCACUUCGCCGUCCCCAUGUCUGGUGCGAUCCUUAACAACAUCAACACCCGCCUCGACGCCCGUACCGUCUCCGUUCUCCUCCGCCACGGCGAAUCGAAACUCCUCUUCGUUGAUGUUCUCUCGCGCGAUCUAGCCCUCGAGGCCGUUUCGCUGUUGCCACCAGACGCCAAACGCCCUGUGCUCGUUCUCAUCACCGAUGAUGAUGCAUCUCCAUCACCAGCCGUUGACUCUCAUGAUUUCAGUUUUAACUAUGAGAGCUUAAUGGAGAAAGGUGAUCCUGAUUUCAACUGGUUCCGACCCAAAAGUGAAUGGGACCCAAUUGUUCUGAACUAUACAUCUGGUACGACGUCCUCUCCUAAGGGUGUGGUACACAGCCACAGAGGACUUUUCAUCAUGACCAUAGAUUCUCUGAUCGAUUGGUCUGUUCCGAAACAACCCAUUUAUCUGUGGACCCUACCGAUGUUUCACGCCAACGGUUGGAGCUACACUUGGGGGAUGGCCGCCGUUGGUGGGACCAACAUUUGUGUCCGUAGAUUCGACGCAUCGACGAUUUACGGUCUGAUCGGACGAUAUGGCGUGACCCACAUGUGCGGUGCACCUGUGGUGCUCAACAUGCUAUCAAACUCUCCCGAUAACAAACCGCUUGAAAAACCGGUGCAAAUUCUCACGGCCGGAGCUCCGCCGCCGGCGGCCGUUCUCUUCCGGACCGAGUCACUGGGUUUUAUUGUGAGUCAUGGGUAUGGCUUGACGGAAACCGGAGGACUUGUUGUUUCCUGCGCGUGGAAAGGGCAGUGGAACCGGUUGCCGGCGGCGGAGAGAGCGCGGCUUAAAUCAAGGCAAGGUGUGAGGACGAUCGGAUUGACGGAAUUGGACGUGGUGGAUCCCGAGACAGGAGUCAGUGUUAAACGAGACGGGUCCUCGCUCGGGGAGGUCGUUCUCAAAGGUGGGUCCGUGAUGCUUGGAUAUCUGAAGGACCCAGAAAGCACACAAAAGUGUAUGAGGAAGAACGGAUGGUUCUACACAGGAGAUGUCGGCGUGAUGCAUCCUGACGGUUAUAUGGAAAUCAAAGAUCGGUCUAAGGAUGUUAUUAUCAGCGGCGGAGAGAACCUGAGUAGCGUGGAGGUGGAAUCGGUUCUUUACACCAAUCCCGCAGUGAACGAGGCAGCGGUGGUAGCUAGGCCGGACGAGUUCUGGGGGGAGAGUCCAUGUGCGUUUGUGAGUUUAAAGAGUAAUUUGAGUCGGAAACCGAGUGAAAAGGAGAUCAUAGACUACUGUCGGGCCAGGCUGCCGCACUUCAUGGUGCCAAAAACGGUGGUGUUUAAGGAAGAGUUGCCGAAGACGUCAACGGGGAAGAUUCAAAAGUUUGUGCUAAGAGAGAUUGCGAAGGAGAUGGGAUCGUUAAGGGUGAGUAAGAUGUGAGAUAAGAGACUGAGUCGAGCUGAGUCGAGACGACCAGGGAGUUUAAUUUCCCGAGUGUUGACCGGUUCUAUUGUGCAUGCAUGAGCAAUUUACAUUUCACUUGUGUUGAAAAUGGUACUCAUUCAAUCCAUUUUAGUAAAUUUAAUUUGGUUUU